GUUGUUUGUGUCUUGGGCCAAUUGCAAAACAAAAUUGCUUCAAAUGGACUUUCUGGGAUACUCAGGGAUGUGAAUGAGCAUUCAAUGGUCAGACAUGAAGUAGCUGAAGCUCUUGAUUCUAUUGUAGGUUUGACAAUUCUUAUGUACUUGAUGUAUAUUCUGAGCUCUUUUAGUAUGGUUGAUUGA